UGAUUACUGAACUAAAAGACAAAAUUUCAACACUGAUGGAAGAAGUGGUAGAGAGAGAAAAUAUAUUAAAACAAUAUUUGAAAGAAACAGAUUCUGAAGAAUUAUCAUAUGAAGAAUUAUCAGAAGCAGACGAAUCACUCGAUACUGGCACAUCAAUAGUACAAGAGGAUGGGGAAGUGGAAUGGAGUCAAGAUGGUGUACACCUUCUUAAUCCAUCAGUAGAUCAAUGUAUGGAGGUAAUCACUAAAUUGGAGGACAAGCAUGAAAUAGUAACACUGAUCGACUCUUCAUCUGACAGUAUACAGUUUCUAAUACCAACUAUACUGGAGGGGAGAACAAUCAGGCAACUUACUGUAUCCUCAUUCUUAACACAUGAUGAUAUCCUCUCAUUUAUAACUCAACUAUCAACCAACAAAUCUUUAACAAUGCUACAACUAUCUAAUGAUUCAAUCAGUGAUGACGGAGUCGUUGCAUUGGCACAAUCACUCCAGUAUAAUGAAACACUUAAAUAUUUACAUCUUCAAUACAAUCCUGACAUAACCUCAGCCUGUGCUCAGUCAAUUGCUAAGCUUUUAAACAAUAACAAGACACUUACCUACCUUUAUUUAUAUGAUACUAACAUUGAUAGUCAUGGAGCAGUGAUGCUGUCAGAAUCACUUCAGACCAAUAAUACACUAAAGUCACUCUGGCUAGACAGACAACAUCAAAAUACUUGUUCUGCGUUGCCUUAUUUUGAGCAAAUUAAAAGCAGAAUAAAAUUUUGGUAGACAAAAUAUUUUUAUUUUAUGCAAAUUUUAAUUUUAUGCAAGUUUUAAUUUAAG